AUGUUGGGGAUAUCUCUUUGGACCUGGCUCGCUCGCGUCAAUAUUCCACUCACAACUCUGGCGGGUUCAGGACUCUUCCAGGAAACGGGCCAAGGCCCGCAAGAGGUCCAUCGCGUCGUCGAUACACAAAUCGCUUUCACUCUGAAUACGAGUGCUCAUGACAAUAGUCCUCUUCAGGCAGAAACACCUCCUCCACACCCUUUCAAAUCAGAUAACCGGAACCAAAUCGUCGCAGCGACUGUCGACAUUCCGGAUUACUCCAUUACGGGAAUACUCCCUAUAACACCUGCUUCGAUCGACCAUCUUCAAGAGAUACUCGAGCCGUUUCUCAGAACAUCUCUGGGUCACGCCUUUCAAGAAAUUACCCUCGUUACACCAGGACAUCUCGCACCAUCGGUCUCGGCGACAUUACAGGCAAUCUCGCCAUCCAACGCUCCCCUUACCUUCUCUGUCCGCGAGAAGGACUGCGAUAUGCGGGAUGAAUCCGCAUAUAUAUAUCCAAAGCGGGUCAUAUAUUCACCCUGGGUUCUUGUCAUGGGCUGGGAUGGACUUCGGAGUCUCGAGUCACAAUCACAGAGGCGGCUUCUCACUCUAGGUCAUCACUUGUUGCCCAUCGGACCUCGAGGUAGAGCUCUGAAUACAACUACGGAAACCGCCGCUUCGUCGCUUCCUUCGGCAACAUCAGGCCUCCACCUGGCAUUGUAUCUGAGGCCGCCUUUCGUCGUUGCAAGUUCGCUCCUCCCGGAGGAAGAGGGCCACUUUCGAACCUGGGAAUUACUUGGAGCCUACUUUGCGCGAUGUAACUCUUUCGGCGCAGGGGGCAUCCUUCACAGCAAUACCAAAACUGUGGAUCAGGGCCUAGAUAGUUCCUCCAAGGACGGUCUUCCUUUAGCGCCCUACAGGGACCAUGGCCCGCCAAUCCGGUUCACCUUCUUCCUUUCCAACACUCUCAAUGUCCAACAACUCUCACCUCUGCUUUGCCAAUUAAUCUUCCGCCGCCAUCACCUACACAUUCUUGUCGUCGAAACCAACAUGAAGUAUAGUUUCACCUCGGUCAGGCGAAAGGCCCGCUUCCGCCUGGAUACUUGUCGAAUCGACUUCUUCAUCGUCAAUCAAUUCAUGAAUCGGCGGGAUUUGAGUGCGCACCUAGGCGAUUUGGAGACGGACGCAGUUGUAAUGUUGGAAGGCCUCGAGUUAAACAACCAUUUCAGGAGCCACUUUAUAAGGAAGGGAAGAACCGUUAUCAGGCUUCCUGUAGAGGACCUGAUGUACUCUGAUUGGAUGUCGUCGCUCUCACUGGAGGAAUGGAGGAAUUGGCACAGGCCGAAAAUAGAGAUAAGCGUCAUAACCAGGGAUCGCCCCCAGUCCCUGGCCAGGCUACUGAAAUCACUUACUGAAGCGCGAUACUUUGGCGAUCAAGUCGCUCUUAGGCUCAACCUCGAACAGGACUGUGAUAGCAAGACUGUUGAAUUGGCUCACUCCUUCCAUCGUAACUGGACCCAAGGGCCACUCUUUGUUCAUCGACGUACUAUCCAUGCUGGACUUCUUCCCGCCGUGGUCGAAUCAUGGUAUCCUUCAAGCUUGGACAACUACGGCCUCCUAUUGGAGGACGACGUCGAAGUUUCUCCUCUGUUUUAUGCGUGGGCGAAGCAAGUCAUCUUGAAGUAUAGGUUAGCCACGUUCCCAUCCUUCCAUCCGCCGCUCACCAGCUCUUCCUUCAGAUACGGCGAAGAGGCCGACAGGUCACCAAGUCUGUUUGGAGUCAGCCUUUACCAGCAGAAGCACAUUGAGCUGCGGAAAGGAGGCCGCGUCCCGUUUAACGCCAGAUCGCUCUUCUCGUCCCCCGAACUCAAGCAACAUGUUCAAGACCCAACUACACCUUACCUCUCCCAGGUACCUUGCAGCUGGGGUGCCAUCUACUUCCCCGAUCAUUGGUCUGAAUUCCACUCUUACCUUGCCCUUCGCUUCUCCGAAACUUGGAUCCCGAUCGACUCGACGACAACAGUCGUGCCCAAUGUUCGCUCCAAUCACUGGUCUAAAUCGUGGAAAAAGUUCUUCAUUGAAAUGACCUAUCUGAAGGGAUACGUAAUGCUGUACCCCAAUUUCGAAGAGUUCGAGUCGUUAUCGACUAAUCAUUUGGAGUUGGGGUCGCAUGUGAAGGUGAGGUCGAGGGAGAAGAAAGAGUUGUUCGAGUUGCCGUUGAUGCCUUUGCCGAGUGAGGCUGGGGAAUUGACUGGUUUGAGUAGGCUGCCUGGAGGGAGGCUUCCGAGCUUUAGGGACUUGCCCGUCUUGAACUUGACGGGCGCUGCGACGACGUUGGAAGAUAUCGUGGAGAUUGGAUUGGCUAGGAGGAAGAAAUUGUGUUUUUCAAGCUCGUCUAAAGAGGGGCUGGGAAGUAAUGAUGGUGUCCGGAAUCAUGGUAGCAUUCACAACUUUAUCUGCGCAUGA